AUGACUGAAGGUUACGAAGAAGGUACUAAAAUUGAGGAGACUGAGCACCCAGCUACUCAGAGCCUCAAGCAACUCCUUUCUUCCGGUCAGAUCUCCCAAGAUACUUAUAACAAUUUGUUAUUUAAGUUUAAUAAACUUCACCAAGCCUUCACGCAGUCUUGUUCGACAGAAGAAAUACUUCUAAGAAAGACUCGUGAUCUUAAUAAAGAGCUCAAGGCCCAAAAAUUAACAAUUCAGAACUCUGCGACUCAACAACAAGAACAUCGACAAAUAUUAACACUAUUAAGACAAUUAGUUACUAAUCUUCAAGCGGAAUUAGAUAGUACCGAACAACAGACAGCUGCUACUAAACAAAAUACCGUUAUGAAAGAAAAAGAUCAAGAGAAAUUAGAAAGAAAAGUUGAAAUGGCUCAAGAGGACCAAAGAAUUAAAUUGGAACCUCAAAAGAAGCAAGUUCUUGAUGAAAUUAAAGAACUGGAAUCUUCUAUUCAAGAAAAACGUACUCAAAUACAAUCGUUAUUAAAAAUAAAUCAAGAUACGCUUGAUAAAAUUGCAGCUGCUGAAGCUCAAAUUGCAGAAUACGAAAAGAAGCGUCGUGAGGAGAACGCAAAAAUGCUCGAAAUCAGUUCGAAUCCCGCAAAAUUAAAACAAAAAUCGAAUGCUGCUGAAGCUGCAAACAAUUCUUUACUCAGCGAAGAAAAGACAGCGAUUAACCAAUUACAGCAACUGGAAGCUCAAUACCAAACCCUCAGUUUACAGACUCAUGAUGCUGAAACAGAAUAUCAGCAUAUCUCAAAUGAUAUUGAUGGUAUGACUAACGCAUAUUUCGAAAUGAAGAAGAAAGCAAGUGAAUUAGAAUCUAAAUGCGAUGAACAAAGACAAAUCAGAUUAAUUCGAGAAAACGAAAAGAAGAGAGUUCUCAAACAAAUUGAUGAAAAGGACUUUGAGAUCUCUGGAUUAAAUACCAAAGCAGAUACAAUCACAAAAGACAUUGUAAGAAAAGAAAAAGAAUCUGUUAAGCUAGAAGAAGCAAUUGCUCACUUAAUGCAAGACAAAAAGUCACUUUCCGGCCAAUUGCAACUCAUUCAGAAUGAUAGUGCUGUUGAAAAAGACAAUUUGAGUAAACUUGAUGCACAAUAUAAGAAAACAAUGUCAGAUAUGGAAAAAGUUAUACAACAACUUGCUGUUAGUGAAAGUCUUAAUGCAGAAACUCUUGAGCUUAUUAAGAAUGCCCUUCAAGAAGUCAACAGAAAACAAUUAAUUCACGAUUCACUUUCACAAAAGGAAAUUGACUUCAUUCAACAGCUAUCAGAAGUAUCUCUUAUCAGAGAUAGAAAGGCUCGCGAAACCGCAGUCAUGAAAAAGAGGACAAGUGAUGCAAGAAUUUUGGCCCAAGAGAGGAACUUAGAUUUUCUCGAUCUCAGUCGUAAAUUAGAGUUGUUACAGAUAACUAUGGGCGAUACUUCAAAGUUAUACGAACAAGUAAAACUCGAAAGAAACAAACACGUCAACACAGUCCAAACUUCUCGACAAUUAAUCGUCGAACUGAAAGAAAAGAUCAGAAUUCUUGAGAGCGAAACAGAAGUCUUAAGACGCGAAUUCGAAACAACAGAUCUCCAAGUCAGAGUCCAGAAGAACGAAUUGUUACAAGCUUAUACAAGAAGAGAUGCAACAAAGAGCGAUUUAAAGAAAGCUGAAUUGAAAUUCCAAGAACUCGAAGCUAAAAUCGAUUUCCAAGCUAAUGAAACAGACAGAUUAGAUCAUGUUUUAAAGAAUAUAGAAGACCAGAUUGCCACACAGCAAGGAAGAUUCGCUGAUCACUCAGAAGAUUGCGCACAACGUCAGAGAUUGUUAAUCGACAAACAAGAUAACUUGUGUAUCCUUUUAGAACAAUUUAACAAACACGAAGAAGUUAUGAGGAAUGGUGAACUCGAGUUACAAAAGAGAGAUGAAGAAAUCAAACUCUUGAAUUUGCAAUUGAAUGAUUUCAAGAGACAAAUCGAUUUAAUGAACAGAAAGUUACCACAAAUACAAGCUUACCAACGUGAAAUUGAUGAAUUGAAGAUGCAAAUCAGUAAAGAACAAACAGAAGUCGAUAACAUCACAAAGAAACUCGAAGUUCCAGAUGAACAAGAGAGAAAGAGAUCAUAUUGCGGACAUGAUUUCACUCUUAAAGAACUCGAAGAUAAAGUUGCUAAAUAUGAAGCUAGAAUCAACAUGAAAGAACAACAACUUUGGGAGAAAAGAAUUUUACUCAGAGAAACACAAGAUAAAAUUGCAGAACUUGAGAAAGAAACAGAUUCUUAUGCAUCUAGGAACCAAUCGAUGAUAGCAAAAUCUGGCCAAUUAAGAGCAAAUUCCAUGGCAUUGAGAAGAAAGAAAAUGGCUGCAGAGUCAGAGUAUUCUGUUUAUCAAGCGCUCAAAGGACAGCUAGAAGAACAGAAGAAAGAUGUAAGAAACGAAAUUGAAGAAGGCAUGAGAAGAUCAUCAAGAGGAGAAGCAUUCGAUGACAGAGCAGAAAGAAUGAUAAGAUUACAUGAAAGAGAUAUUAGAACUGCUUCUCAGUCAUUGAGGAACCCACAAUUCGCAGAUGAUGAUGACGAUGAAGAGAAUAGACCAAGACCAGGAAGAGAACAUUAUGAUGCGUAUCCUCUUAAAGAUGGUCUUUCAAGACCUUAUGGUGCAUUUCCGGUUUUUCAGCCGGCUAAGCCUUCACCAAAUCUUAGACAUUAUAAGAACGAAACUGAUAGGCCAAUCUUGUUAUAA